UGAUUUUACGUUUCACACGGUUCCAGUUUUACAGUGUUUUAUAGACGACACGUGUUUAGUAUCUAACCUAUUUCAGCGUGGGUAAAUUUUAAUGAAUGUGAAAGAAAAUGGAACACAAGAUCUUAAAGAAAAAACUUGUUAAUUUGAAAUCGAAGAAAGAAUCCAAAGAUGCAUAUGCAGUAGAUGAUGCGGAGGAUUCUGGUACGGAAGAUUUGUUAGAAGCUCGACUCAAUGAUGAUGAAGAUUCCACAGAUGAAGAAGCAGAAGAGGAUGCAAAUAUAUCAGAUUCAGAUGUAGAACAAGAUGAAGUUCUUUUUUCUGACGAAGACAACAAAUAUGAAUCCGAAUCAGAUUAUGAAUCCACAGAUACUGAAUCUUCUGAAGAUAUUGAGACAGAAAGCUGUUCUAAACAAAUACAAAAAGAUCUGCAGACCAAAUUAAAAGAUGAUAAAAAUAAAUUAAAGAAUAAAAAUAAAAGCAAAGAAUCCUUGGUAUCUAAAGAGAAGACAUCAGUAAAAAAGAAUGUUAAAUCCGUAAACAAGUUGAAUAAUGAUAAAAAUUCUAAAAAUUCCAAGAAAACACAGAUGCAUAAAAAUGAUGUAAAUAACAAGGUUGAAAUUAAAAAUGAGUCUAAUGAUGAAGAUGAAUAUGUGUAUGAUAGUUCUGAUGAAGAAGAUAUUCGCAACACAGUUGGGAAGAUACCGAUGAAAUGGUAUGACGAAUAUGAUCAUAUUGGUUAUGAUUGGGAAGCUAAGAAAAUUGUAAAACCUGAAAAAGGUGAUGAAUUAGAUAAUUUUCUGAAAAGAAUGGAGGAUCCUGACUUUUGGAGAACUAUAAAAGAUCCCCAAACUGGUCAAGAUGUUACACUAAGCGAGGCAGAUAUAGACUUGAUUGUGAGAAUCCAAAAGCAGAAAAUACCUGUUGCUCAAUUUGAUGAAUAUGCGCCAUGGGUAGAUUGGUUCACUUCUGAAGUGGAGAAAAUGCCGCUUCGUAAAUUCCCAUCACACAAACGUUCUUUUACACCAUCUGUACCCGAAAGUAAGAAAGUAUCAAAAUUAGUACACGCUCUUAAGAUGGGUUGGAUGAAAUCCACCGCUGAAAUGCAAAAAGAAAGAGAAAAGAAUCAAGGUCCACAAUUUUAUAUGCUAUGGCAGUCUGAUGAUCAAGCGGAGGAAAUGCGUAGAAUCCAUAAACAUAUUCCAGCACCCAAGCGACACUUACCUGGCCAUGCAGAAAGUUACAAUCCUCCACCAGAAUACUUAUUUGAUGAGAAAGAACUAAAAGAAUGGAAUAAAUUGAAAAUGACUCCAUGGAAGAGAAAGUUACAUUUUGUACCACAAAAAUUCGAUUCUCUUCUACAAGUACCAGCAUAUCCUAGAUAUAUCAAGGAAAGAUUUCAGAGGUGUUUAGAUUUGUAUUUGUGUCCUAGAGCAUUCAAAAUGAGAUUGACGAUAGAUCCCGAGGUUUUGGUUCCACAAUUACCAAGUCCAAAAGACUUGCAACCAUUCCCAACAACAAUGUUUAUGGUAUUUGAAGGACAUACAAAUAUGGUUAGAAGUAUUACUACAGAACCAAGAGGUCAGUUUAUCGCAUCUGGUGGAGAUGACAUGCUAUUGAAGGUAUGGGAAGUGAGCACAGGCAGAUGCUUGAAAACAGUAUCUUGUGGUGGUGUCAUUCGAAGUGUUGCCUGGUGCCCAAACCAAGCCAUAUCAUUGAUAGCUGUUGCAAGUGACAAAAAAAUUCUUUUGAUAAAUCCUGGAGUCGGAGAUGAUGAUAUUACUAAAAAAACUGAUGAACUUUUGGAGAUAAUACCACAGAGUGACAUAAUAGUAAGCGAAAGAGUAAAUAGUGCGGUACAAUGGGAGGAAGCAGAAGAAGAACAUAAAACCAAUGGAAUUAGAAUAAUUCUAAAUCAUUUUAAAAUUGUCAAACAAGUAACAUGGCAUGGAAAAGGAGAUUAUUUUGCUACUGUGAUGCCAGAUGGCCAAAAUAGAUCAGUUCUGAUUAAUCAAUUGUCCAAACGAAGAUCUCAAUUGCCAUUUAACAAAUCAAAAGGAUUAAUACAAUGUGUUUUAUUCCAUCCAAUUAGACCAUAUUUAUUUGUCGCAACACAAAGAAACGUGAGAAUAUACGAUCUAGUAAAGCAGGAAAUGGUGAAGAAAUUAUUAUCCAAUUCACAAUGGAUAUCAACAAUGGCUAUUCACCCCGGAGGUGAUAAUAUUUUGGUAGCAACAUAUGAUCGCAAAAUGCUCUGGUUCGAUUUGGAUUUGAGUACCAAGCCUUAUCAAACUUUGCGAUUACACGGGACUGGUGUGCGCGCUGUAGCAUUUCAUAAACGAUAUCCUUUGUUUGCCUCUGGAGCUGAUGACAGAGGACUAAUUGUGUCUCAUGGAAUGGUGUAUAACGAUCUUUUACAAAAUCCCUUAAUCGUACCACUAAAAAGGUUGUGUCAUCAUGAAUCAUAUGAUGAUUUCGGUAUUUUGGAUGUCAUGUUCCAUCCCAUUGAGCCAUGGGUAUUUUCUGCAGGUGCAGAUUCUACAAUACGAAUGUAUACAUAAAUAAAUACAUGCAAUUCAGAUAUACAUUUGUAUUGGAAAAAGAUAUCUUUUUCCAAUUUUAUGUAAAAUACAUAAAAUACAUUUUUAAAAUCUUUUUUUCAUA